AUGCGGUUUAGCACACAGUCAAUAUGGACUGUCCUCGUGCACCUGCUGGCGUUUGUCCUACAGGCGAAUGCUAUUGAUGUGGACAUCAGUUCGGAGGCAUCAUUGAAAAGCGCUGCUAGCGAAGCGACCUAUGGCGCGUUCAAAUGGUAUUACGGAAAUGAGACCGGCCAAAUUCCCGGGGCGUUCCCCGACAAGUGGUGGGAAGGAUCACAGCUAUUCGCUGCCGCUCUCAACUACUGGCAUCUGACCGGAGACACCACCUAUAACGAGGAAGUGAGCCUGGGAUUACAAUGGCAAGGCGGCGACAAAGGAGACUACAUGCCCAGCAACUAUAGCAGUUAUCUGGGAAAUGACGAUCAAAUGUUCUGGGGCUUGGCCGCCAUGAGCGCCGCCGAGAUGAAAUUCCCCGAUCGCAGUUCCGGAUAUUCGUGGCUAUCCCUCGCGCAGGGUGUCUUCAAUACUCAGAAGGCAAGAUGGGAUAUGACUUCGUGUGGUGGCGGACUGCGCUGGCAAAUCUUCGUCUAUCAGGCUGGAUACCUGAUGAAGAACGCGGUCUCGAACGGCGGAUUUUUCCAGCUCGCUGCGCGACUGGCCCGAUACACCGACAACGAUGAAUACCUGACCUGGGCGGAAAAAAUCUGGGAUUGGUCCGUUUCCUCGCCAUUGGUGAACAAUCAGACGUGGAAUGUGGCAGAUUCUACACAAUGUGCCAACAACUGCGGCGACUCCGGCAACGUACAAUGGACGUACAACUACGGCACGUACCUGAUGGGCGCCGCUUACAUGUACAACUACACGAGCGAUCAAAAAUGGCUCGACGCCACAAAUGGCCUCUUACAAAAGAUGUCGACAACAUUUUUUCCCCACGGAAACAUCAUCGAAGAUAUCACCUGCGAACCGCGCGAAAUUUGCAACAACAACGAAAUCCUAUUCAAAGGCAUAACGUCCCAAUGGCUCGGUUACGUGGCACUCCUGGUCCCCUCAACCGCUGAUACUAUCUGGCCCAAGCUUCAAUCCUCCGGCACAGCCGCCGGCGCCUCCUGCACAGGACAAAACAACAACACUUGUGGUGUGCGCUGGUACCAGUCAAAUUAUGACGGGUGGACAGGCAUGGAAGAGCAGAUCAGUGCUAGUCAGGUGUUUAGUGCGAACUUGUUGAAGUAUGGGAAUGGUGUUGGACCUGUGACCUCGAAAACGGGUGGUAAUAGCAAGAGUGAUCCGAAUGCGGGCGAGGGUACCACUGAUAAUAAGCCGACUUAUAAGCCUAUUACCGGAGGUGAUAAGGCUGGGGCUUCAAUUCUGACGAUUGGGUUUGUUGGAGGUUGGAUUGGGAUUAUAGUUUUCAUGUUUCUUGGGGCUUGA